GAAAGUACGAUCUCGACUCGGUUCUAAUUACUUUAAUAUUGCUAAAACACCGCUAAAAAUGUUUUGCUGCCGUAUUUCUUCGUCUUGAAUGUUUAAACUUUUAACAUAAAGUAGCUAUGAAAUGUGAGCAAUAACCGGUGAAGUGAGUGUGAUGUGUCGGUUGAAGUAGUUCGUGGUGAUUGAGCACUAUGCGAGUGUAGAAGUGGAGAGGCUCCUAGCCGAGACCCGGAGACUUCACGAUGCACGAGCUGUUGAAGCACGUCCUCACGGAGCGGGAUUUAACCCGCGCCGGCGACCUGUUCUCCAUCACCGACAGCGAGAUCGUCGAUGACCUAAACGAAGUGCUAAAACAAAUAACAGAGAUCUCGUCCCGUCCCGACUACAUCCGUAAUGACCACGACCAAGCCCUGAUCGAGAUAUGCGUGACGCGCGUCACCUCGUGCGUGAAAGAAACAGGCACGCUGGAGAAGUACUGUGGGGCUUUGGUGGCGUUACUGGAGUCCUGUUUGCACCAUAAUUUGAUGCCGGUGGGGCAUUUGCGGGAUGAUGAUCCACCACAUGCUAAAAUUGCAUCGGAUGUUAUUGCUUGUAUUGUUUUGGUGUCCUUCCCAAUCCAAUCCGACAAAGAGAUCAGCGGCAACAAAAACGUCAUGGAACUCUUUCUACCCGUCGCAGUUCAGUUCCUUCAUAAAGGCAAUCGCGAGAUAUCUCGCCAUAUGGCUCGCUAUCUCUCUCUAGCUGCCGUACAUCACGCUAUGCUGCUGAAACCACAUGUGCAGACGAUCAUGGACUCUAUCAUGACGGGGAACUAUCCACUAAGCCGCAUCUUGACCAAUCUCUACGAAGUCUGCCCGGAGCCGUUAGAAGGCCACGUGAUGGCGCUCGUGUCCCUCCUGCCGCACGCCGAGCAAGUUGAGAAAAACUCUCUAUUCGCACUCUUCGAACAGAUAGCUGCUAGGAGACCCGAAGCGCUGAAGACGAGUAUACCGCAGUUGUUGUCGUAUCUGUGUCCGCAUACGACCAGUCAGAAUGAUCCGGGGUGCAUGUGCGUGGAUAUUUUGCAGCUAAUAGUGUGCGUGUCCCGCGCCCGCGUGUCUCUAGUCCUCGAGCACGGCGCCGCGCUCCGGCGAGCCGCGCGCGCGCCGCACGCCACGCCGCAACACGUUGCACUCGUCGCUUCUGCGCUGGCUCAGAUGGGCUACACGUCUAAGGAGCGCGCUCAAGAAGCCUUGAACUUCAUCCUAGAAUCUAUGAGCUUUGGUAGUGCGGUGGGCGCUUCACUGGUACGCGAAUGUACUGCGUUAUGCAGCGCCUAUCCAGCGCUGUUCACUGACCGCGUCCUCGCCGCCGUGCGCUCUAACCAUAGCUCCGAAGUUAAUCGGACAUCAGGUGGCGUGACUAUCGUGAAGCUGGGCGGCGCCAACGGCUCAGCCCCGCCCGUCCCCACCUCUGCUAAUGCCACCUCGCAGACUACCGCAGCAUGGAGCGGUGGCUACACGCGACGCGCGAAGCUGGGCGAUUCGCGCAGCACGGGCCGCCUGCACCCCGGCCCGCAGCCGCGCAGCAUGACCCGCCUCAACGUGGCCGGAGGUUCGGUCGGUGGUUUGCACAAGAGUAUGACACGGCUGUCAUCGUCCCAGCAAAUCAACUCGCAGCAGAACAACACAGCUAAUGCAGCGGCAGGCAACAAGUCGCGCACAGCUGGCGUCACCGUGACAGCGGUGGGGCGCGCGCCGCGAGCCGCUCCCCCCCCCCCCCCCCCCCCCGCCGCCGCCCCCGCCGCCGCCCCCGCCGCCGCCUCCGCUCCGGCCCCCGCGCCCGCCCCUGCCCCAGCCCCGCAGCCGCACACGCACAACAUACUCAUCGGCCCACACCAUAAUAGCACCGGGCCAACAAUAAUCAGCAACCCGCCCCUGGCCACGCAGUCCGUCUCCGGCAACCCCCUCACGGGCAAGUCCGCCGACACGCUGCCGCUCGGCCACGUGGCCGUCGUCCCCCCGGCCGUCACCGUCACGUCGAGGCGCAACAACACCAGCGUCACCAUGAUCAACACCAACCAGAACCACAGGAUCAGUGUGUUCGAGCCUUACCCUAUGAGAGAUACUGUCCAGCAUUUCUGUGAAAAGCAUUUGGAUAAGAUCAAGGCUUAUAUGGACAUGGUGUCACUGAGGUUACCGCCCCCGGCUAAAUGCACUAUUGAAGAGCGUCGCUCCAAGAAGCAGGCGCGCCUGCAGUUCGCGUGCGGCACGCGCGGCCCGCACUGCCUGUACUCGCGCACGCUCUUCACCAUGCGCACCCGCGCGCCGCGCGUCUGGAUCCACCUCAUGUUCCUGGCGCUGCAGGCUCGCCACGCCGCCGCCUUGUCUUCGAGGGACGCUUCUGUGUCGAGCUUGAAACAUUGCUGGGACAUACUCAAGUGCGAGAACAAGACGUUUCUGACUUUAGUCACCAGCGCUUUCCCGGGUAUCAAGGAGCAAGAAAUGCUGUUAAACGAGCUGCGCUCGGCGGGCUUUUUCGACGUGUUCUCGCUCACCACCCCGCUGGAGGCCGACGCGCCGCCCACGGCCGCCACGUGGGGCUGCUUCCUGUGCACGCACCCCGAGCGGGCGCCCGGGUUCCUGCAGCCGGGGGCUCCCGUUAUAGAGGGCACUUUGAAGGAGAAGAAGGGGAGGUGGAGGUUGUUCAGACGCUGGCGUACGAGAUAUUUCACGCUGUCGGGCGCUCAUCUCAGCGUUAAGGGCUCGAGCGGCGGCGAAAGUAUAGACAUCAACCAGAUCCGGUCAGUGAAAGUGUCCCGCGGCGCGCGCAACAUCCCCAAGGCUUUCGAGAUCUUCACGGGCGACCAGACGCUGAUCCUGAAGCCGGCGGCGGGCGACGCGGAGGAGUGGGCGCAGUGCCUGAGCAUCGCCGUGGCCACGUCGCAGGCGCGCCACGCGCCCGCCAAGGCCAACAGCCUGCCGGCGCGCGGCCUCACGCUCAAGAGCUUCUGACCAGGUGAAAUCGCCCGCUAACUCUCGGAAGCUUGACAUUGUCGGCUCAGACAAUUUCUAAAACAAUUCAUAUGAUUCAAGUAAGGCAAAACUAAUAACUUUGUAACAAUAUUUUCGAAAUAUUAUUAAAAAAGUAUUGUUUAUAGUCUUCCUUCUUGAAUAAUCUUUCAACUAAAAGUAUGUAGUUACAACAAAUAAAUUACUGCCAAAAUAUUGACUGCAUUGAAAUAGAUCUCAUACUAGAUGUAACAUAUACUCGUAUCAAUCUAGUAUAACUUAUAUGCGGUCAGGCAGCAUGAUUUGAAAUGAUUGUCCAACCGAAACCGAAGGAAGUUUUUCCUUAGAUUCGGCCGAAACCGAAACUUCAGUCAGACACUACCGAAAAUACAGUUUCGGCAGUGCAGCUAAUACAUUUUGGCAGUUUCGGCGCGGCCGAAAGAUUCGGAUUUUUUAUUGGUCGAUAUAGAACCUUCGGAAACAUGUUUUUUUUGCCGGAACCGAAAUCUGUACUUCGGUUGGACACUAGAAAUUGUCGUCGUGGUCAUAUAGUCGUAUUUUAUGUCUAGAACGUCUAUGUGUAUGUACUUAUAUUAUGUUAGCUGGAAAAACGAUGCAUAUAAAGUAGAUUUUUAAGUGUCAUAUCAUAUUAUAUAAUUAUUAUUGAUUUUAUCUUUGUUGCCAAUUAGCGUUAAGUCCCGUGGAACUUCCGCCGAGGAAGGAUCGUUUUGCACAAUGAUUAGUCGUGGAAUGCAGUUUUCGACUGUAUUUCAAUGUUAUGAAGCUUCAAAAUUAGCUAAAUGUUUUGAAGAUGAAGUAAGAGUGAAACGAGUAGCUAUAAUUAGUUUUUAGGCAUUCGAAAAAAAGGUAAACAAUAUUGACAUGUCUUUUUAUUGAAAAACGUUAAGUAACUAUUGCUUAUUAAAGCAAAAUAAUAUAAAUGAUCGUAUAUGAUUUAUAAUUGUUACAUAUUUGCCGUGACUUAUUUCUCAAAAGCGUUCUUCAAUAAAAAGACACGUGCAAAUCGCUGACCUUCUUUCUAAUGCUUAAAAACGAACUAUGUAUAAUCUUGCACAAUAAUUUUGAAGGCAGCUUUAACAUAUGAUAUUGCGUACUUAAAGCGAAAACGAAUGCUCACUACAUAUCUAUACGAAAAUAUGACAGCGCAUUGAUCGCCUCCAGUUUCUUUACAAUAAUUAAUUUUAUGACUAAAUAGAUUAAGUCUUUUUGAUGUACUUACUCUUGUAACGUUCAUUUGGAGUUAGCGAGUGCCUUAUGUAUAGUUAUAUACAUUUAUGUUAGCGUAGGAUCGCCGUUCGAGCUUCAAGUACAAUGAAUUUAUAUACACAUGUUUUAUACGAUUGGUUUCUUAGUUGAGCCAGCCAACUAAAAUAGCUGAAAAUAUCGCUUAUUAUAGCACUUGACAAUACAAUGAUGCGUCGUUUUUAACCAAAAGGUACCACUUUGUCGCUUUAAAUAAGGACGAAAAUUGCUUGUAUCUUUAUAAUAAUAACCUGUCAAGCGUCCUUAUGGCAUGGGACAAAAUGGGACCUCUUGAUUGAUUAUGACACGAAUAUUAUUAUGAGCUUAGGCGAGGUAAUUUGUUCAAAAAGUAACAACUAUUUUGUUUGGAUUAGUACUGUAUGCUUCCAGCGGUACCUAGGUAUAUUAUAACUGUAUAUUUCCUAAUGAAAUAAUAUAAAUUAAUAAAUAAUGUAUUAACAAUCGACAAUGAGAUUUUGUAAAAAGCUCUUAAGACUGAAUGCUGGUCAUGUGUUUACUCGUUUUAAAUAUUGUUUGGAGACCAAAAGUUGUGAUUCAAAAUUGACAUUCCCGUCCUGUUUGACAGUCUUGAUAAUUAUUUAAUAAUUAUUGUGGUCUCAAAUUAUUACUUUUAAUGGUUGUAUGAAAUGACAUUAUUAUUACGUUAGUUAGUGUUGGAUAUUUCCCAGUUUUUUGACUUGCCGUUUAGUAUUUCAAAGCACAAUCAUGUUGGUUGACGUAGUUUUAGAUUUCUGUACAAAUCUAAUAAUUUAGUACGAGUAUAAGUGAAAAACUCAAGAAGAGCCUCUCGUCCAUGUAGCCUAUCAUUUCCCCUCCUAUGCGCUAGGAGGUAGAUAUCACAAGCUCAUGUCAAUCCCUAGUAGUGUUGGUAGGAAUUCGAUUCUUUUGAGUCUCAAAUUUGUGUUUUUCUCAGUGUGUUGAAGAAUAUGAGUCGUUUUUACGCUACUCUGCGCUUAAAAAACUUAUGAGUCUUCUCAGUUCAAAGUCGAGUCCUUUAUUGAGUCAUUUAAGCGUAACUUAAAAGGACUCGAGCCUUCGGAUAAAGACUUCGUAAUUUUUUUUUGUAGGUUUUUAUCUAAAUGACGUUUUUGACGACCGGUCUGGCCUAGUGGGUAGUGACCCUGCCUAUGAAGCCGAUGGUCCCGGGUUCAAAUCCUGGUAAGGGCAUUUAUUCGUGUGAUGAGCAUGGAUAUUUGUUCCUGAGUCAUGGGUGUUUUCUAUGUAAUUUAAGUAUUUAUAAAUAUUUAUAUAUUAUAUAUAUCGUUGUCUAAGUACCCUCAACACAAGCCUUAUUGAGCUUACUGUGGGACUCAGUCAAUUUGUGUAAUAAUGUCCUAUAAUAUUUAUUUAUUUUAAAUGAACACUAAGUAAAAUAUGUUAUUGAAUGAUGUGUCCAUGAAUUUCGUAUGAAGACAAUGCGUUUAAGAAAACUAUUGUAACAUAAUUUAAGACUUCUCUCAUCAUUUAAGUUUCUAUUUAAUGAUCAGAAUCUGAAAAACUGAGUCGAGUCCUAAAGCAGAGCACUCAAAGAAUUUGAGUCUUAACCAACACUAAUCCCUAGUGCUUACACUUCCCAACUGCCAAAUUUUAUCGGAAUAUACCUAUGUAUAAAUAUAUUUUAGUAUGAUUUUCAACCUAUUUCUCCAGGCAAGACAAAUUUUUUCUACAUAGUCGAGGGGCACUUCGUAAGAGUUUAAACUCUAGCAACGUUCUGAAUAACUCUUGCGUCGGUGGAGGCGACGAAUCAUCACCAAAUAUCGAGUGUUCAUGUAACCAAAUUGUUUAUUUGAUUGUUAUUCUACUUACGAUAAGACGCUUCCAAUGUUAGACUAGAUGACAGACAACUUAAUUAUAAUAGACUUGCUAAAACGAACUAGUUUUAUUCGUGGCGUGACACUAACUUCACUGGACUGACCACGCUUACUUUGCACACACUUGACAGUAAGAAUGCAUUAAUAAUCUCCAUACUUGACGUAGCGCCUGACAAUAAUACUUAGCGUGGUCCAGUUGUCCUUUUACGUACAUUUUAUUUCUUUAAUUCACAGGUGUAUUUGCAGUAAAACGACCUUAAUGUUUAAAUUUCGAAUUUAAUUUUGAACCUUUGUUGAAUAUUCUUAACUGGCCGUUGGUAGACCUUUGCAAUAAAGUUAAUUGAGUGGGCUAUGCUUGUAAGUUACUUUCUAGAAAACACCUAUUCUUAGGGAAUAGACGACCGGUCUGGCCUAGUGCGUAGUGACCCUGCCUAUGAAGCCGAUGGUCCCGAGUUCGAAUCCCGGUAAGGGCAUUUAUUUGUGUGAUGAACACAGAUAUUUGUUCCUGAGUUAUGGGUGUUUUCUAUGUAUUUAUCUAUAUAUUAUGUAUAUUGUUGCCUAGUACCCACAGUACAAGCUUUGCGUAGUUUGGGGCUAGGUCGAUUUGUGCAAGUUUGCCCACAAAUAUUUAUUUAAUUUACUUUCUUCAUAGUUCUUUGCUGAGUGACGUUGAUCAAUCUGUAAGCAAGUAAAGUCCUGAAUAAGUUUGCGACUUGCCACUCUGACGAAUAAAGUCAUCGUUGGCGUUUCAUAAUCUUCCAAUAAGCUUAACUGAUAGAUAAGGUGCUAGGUUGUGCAGGAAGUUUUAUCUGGCAGUUAAUUUUUUUGUUAAUUAGCUAUCCAAUACUUGGACAUUGCAAAACAGGCCCUUAGCGUCUAUUAUAGUUAUUUUGUCUGUUAUAGUAUAGAUAAGCGUAGUAUGUAGUAACUGUGACGUCCAUUUACAAUAUAAUUAACAGUUUUCUGUGUCGGUUAAAGUGAUUAAUUUAGUUCAAGUCCAAGCUUGAUAUGUUACAAUUAAUAUAAUUUGCUCACCUGUUUGUCUGUACAAUUAAUUCUAAUACUUUUGUACUGUUGAUGCCAUUUAUUAUUUCUGGAAAUAAGUUUAGUAUGUUCAAUCUGUUUAUUAAGUAGGCUUUUAAUUGCAGUUUUCUUAACUUAACGAUGAACGAGUGUACAGUCACGUCUGAAAACAUCGACACGAUUGAAGUGCCAAAAAUAUGUAUACACGACUUUAUGGCCCAUAUAUUAGGGUAGUGUAUUUGUAUGUAUAUUUACAGUACAUAUGGUGCUACUUUCCCGCACGCGUGCGGGAAUGAGUACUUUCCGUGCAUAGUCGAAACUUUAAAGAGCCAUAUGUACUGUAAAACGUUUUACGAUACACGUGCGAAUAGGUAAUUCGCAACUCGUGUCGAUUUAAAACACUCCCUACGGUCGUGUUUUAAUUUAUCACCAUUCGUUGCGAAUUUCCUAUUUUCUGCACUUGUAUCGUAAAUAACUAUUCCGACACUAAAGCUUCAAAAUUCACUGGUAUAUAUUGUAAAAUUUUCUCGUAUGGCUCAAGUUGUUCAGUAUGACGUACACAUUAACCCCGAAGAAUAUGGCUAAGGGUUGAAAUAUGUCCUGUUUGUGGCUUUCCAUAUCAAAAGGCACCUGCAUGCCAUAAGGCCGCGGGCUGGACGCACGCGACCGGCGGAGCGGCGAGCGGCAAAUCAAGACUUCAUACAUUAAUUUUGGCCGAGCGCAAUGUAUGAAUGGACUUGAUAUACCGCUCACCGCGCCGCCGGGCGCGUGCGUCCAGUGCGGUUAACUGAAACAAAUGUCAUAGAUAGAUAAAUCAUUUAUUUGGCAGCAUAUUCAUAAAUUAAAGAAAAGGAUAGCCGCGAUAGAAGAUGCCGGUCCGUAUCCGGCCUUCACCACUGGAGGGCUACGUCACUUUUUCUUUAAUAA